AUGGUUGAUGUAGUUAAGGCUAGGGUAACUGAAACCCUAAACCUAAUCAACGAGCUGCUUAAGAAGAGCCCGGGAGCUGAAGCCUUAAGCUCUUGCAACAGAAUCUACAAUGCAGUUUUAGGAACUGAUAUCCUAGUAGCCAAUCAAGCUUUUGUUAAAGGUGACUAUGACUUAGCAGAGCAAGGCAUAAAUGUUGUUGGCGUCAAGGCAGAUGCUUGUGAAAAUGGUUUUACCGGCGGCGGUGGCGGUUCUCCUUUGUUAGAUAUGAACAAAGCCAUCCUUGAUCUUGUGGCCGUGACAGCAGGAAUUGCCAGGACAUUGUUUUGA